AUGUUCAACUUCAACUUCUUCAAGUCUACCCCGGCCAACGAGCCCACUGAAAACUGGAACGCCAACACCGUCACCAUGCAGCCCACCAGCCCCGCUGCCCCCUCAAGCAACCAGAACGUCGUCACUGAACAGCCGGCCAGCCAAGAACAAAUGCAGCUGCGCGGUGGUGGCGGCGGUGGUAUCUGCUGCGGAGUUUGCGCCGGUAUCGCCUGCUUCGAGUGCUGUGAGAUUUGCUGCUAGACGAUCAGA